AUGUCGUGGCAGGAUGUUUCCGAGGACCUCACAUCCUGGCUAGUCCUUGCAUUCUGCUUCCUCCCUCUAAUAAUCCUAUGGCGUCACCGAACACAACCCGAAUUCCGUCCCAAAGGCUGUCGACGAUUGGGACUCCCACCCGGUGAAAGCAAUCUCCACGACGAAUUCGAUCCCAAGUACAGCGACGGUGUCCCUGCAGGCAGUCACGAUGAAAACGGUCUACCCUCCUGGCGCAUCAAAGCGCUCUUCACAUACCCACUAAAAUCAUGUCGCGGCAUCGAGCUCCAAACCUCCGAUAUCGUCGCAAUGGGUCUGAAAUUCGACCGCCAGUUCGUCUUCGCGCAGGAUAGCACGGAAGGCUGGAAUACACGUACUCUCCGCAAUGCAGGCUAUCAGCGUCUCGCUCUAAUUCAUUCGGAGAUAUGGAUUCCUGAUCCCUCAGCUAUCGACUACGAUCCCAAUCUCCCCGAAAUAAAAUCCGAAGGCAUAAUGAUAAUCUCAUACCCACGACCCAAACCAACCACACACCUCACAUCCUUGAUUACAAAAAUCGGAACUACAAUUGGAUUCUUAAAUCCUCGACUAUCCUUCUCCAUUCCACUCAUCCCACCGGAUUCAUCGGAAUUCCCUCUUAUCCCCGUGAAGAUCUGGAAAGAUAAACCCCUGGCAUACGACUACCGCACAACACUCCCACCAUCUCUACACGCUUACCUCGGUUUCUCACCAUCCACCUCUCCAGUAUCCCUCUUCCGCGCCUCAUCCGCUCAUACACGCUCCAUAUUCCGCAAUGCACCCCGCGAAGAAGUCCUAGGUUUCCAACCUAUAACUGGCUUCGCAGAUGCAUAUCCUAUUCACUUGCUCAGUCUAUCAUCUCAUCGAGAUGUUGCUGCGAGAUGCGCAUACGCGAUUCCCAAUCUAAGUGUUGUACGAUUCCGAGCGAAUAUCAUCAUUCAAGGACCAGUCGCGUUCGAUGAGGAUCAUUGGAAAAAACUUUCUAUCGCAGGUGUGGAGAUAUACGCAGCUUGUCGAACUGUUCGAUGUAAAUUACCUAACGUGGAUCCCAUCACUGGUUUUCGACACGCUGUUGAGCCGGAUAAAACGCUCAAGGCAUAUCGGAGAAUUGAUGAUGGGGAUCGGACGAAUGCUUGUUUGGGUAUGCAGCUUGUUCCAGCUGUACAGGAGUUUGUGAUGAAUGUUGGAGAUGAAGUGGUGGUUUUGGAGAGGGGAAUGCAUCGGUAUAUUAAGAUGUUGGCCCCUGGGGAAAAAGUUGAGGGUGUUUAG